AUGAAGUCCAGUACCGAUGUCCGUGUUAACGGCUGGACAAUGUCCCCUGACGGGCGGGGAACCAUGGACAUACUAUGGACUUGCAUUUUCACCACUUUUCUCUGUACCUUCACCAUCCUUUGUCUCAACUUACCUGCUAGAAACGAAAGCUCGCUUCGUGUCCAAGGUCGUAAGAUCUUAUGGAUGGCCAUCGCCAUUGCUGGACCCGAAUUCUUACUCACAGCGGCUGCCGGCCAACUUGCCGCUGCGCGAGACUCCGUCAAGGCGUUCCACGCUCUCGGACAUACCUCAUGGACAUACCGACAUGGCUUCUAUGCCAACAUGGGCGGAUUCGAGCUACAGCCCCUGGACGGCGCACCGUUCCCGAUAAAUUCGAAACAUAUACUCUGGUUAAUGUCGCGCGGCUAUAUCGAGUUUCCGACUAUAUCAGACGAAGAACUCUUGGACAAGUCCAAGAAGGAUACCGUUGCCAAGCUCAUCACUUGUUUCCAAGUUGGAUACUUGAUUGUUCAAUGCAUUGCACGUGGCGUCCAGAAGCUUCCAGUAACGACGAUAGAACUGUCGACUGUUGCUAUAGUCGCUGGUCCCGUCGCUGCACGGCCUUACCGACAAACUCCUCUCGAUUUUGUAGACGACCUGACACCGAGCUGGGCUCUCAACAUACAACCAUUCAUCAAACUGCCUGUCGGUCCUCACGAGCGUCCUCUACCUCGUAUUGGCGACAGCAGAUUGCCCUGGCUAGAAACUCUAGAGAGUCUCUACUUGUGCCUCGCCACUGUGGUCUAUGCAUCCGUACAUCUGACCGGGUGGAACUUUGAAUUCCCAUCUCGAGUCGAGCAGAUCCUCUGGAGGGUAUCGAGCCUGAUCCUGGUAGGCACAACAGCCCUAUUCUGGGUCCUAGAGGCGGGCGCUAUUUUGCAACGAUACGGCAGUGACCAGAAAAUUUGGACAAGAAUGUUGAGAAAAGAGGAUAAAAAGUCGGACCAGCAGCGCGAUUUAGAAAAAGAAGAAGAGGCCUGGGCCCCAAAACAGCUGCCUCUCGUCUGGGAGUUUUGGAGCAUCCUCCCAAUUGCUCUCAUCUACGCCACGGCGAGGGCGUAUAUCCUCGUCGAGCCAUUGCUUGGCUUGAGGUCGAUGCAGGCGGGGGCGUUUGACACGGUUGACUGGAUGGCCUUUAUUCCCCAUGUGGGUUAG